AAAUAAUAAAACACGCAGAUAUAUAUUUGCUCUAUGUAUUGUUACGAGCUUGUAAAAAUUUUAAUCCUAAACAAUAUGAUCCGAGUGAAUGGAAAGUCGGUUUCGCGUUAAUGUUAACCCACUGAGAGUCAGCUUUACAUUAAUGCAAUGUUUCAUUUGUAAUUUCCUCUUAGUCGUUUAACAUUAGCGAAUUCUAUCAAAUUUAUAUCGUGACUAUGGAAAACAAUUCCAAGAAUUGGCUCGAUAUUUAUUUCAUUACAUUCUUCCAUUAGGUCCUAGAAUUCUAUCAAGUUUGAAGAAAUUCAAGUAGUUUAUGACACUAUGAUAAACUCUAUAUAUUUUUUUUCUUACGAAAGAACUUCUUCUUAUACCUCUGGUUUACAAUGGACUUCUGUAACACGUCUAUUAUUCUGGCGCAUCUUGCAUAAUUCUUUCGCGAAACAACUUCAUUUACACAUAUGGCCAUGGUCAUGCUAUCGUUCGUAGUAGCGUUGUCGUUGAUGACGGCCUUCGCGAACGCCGAGAGCAUCUUAAUGACAGAGGUGUUCGUCAUUCCGAUCAGACCAGAGACUUUCGACUGGAGCGGCGACGCACGAUCCGACCAGUUUUCGUAUCAGCCCUCGUUGCUAAAUGCGCCUGAUCUUCCUUCCUGGAUUCAUUACACGUACAGCAAAAGGGAUCAUCGCGGCUUCUUGUACGGUGUCGCACCCAAGGAUCGCAAAUACUUCCAGCUGGAGAUCGUAGGUCUGAACAAACACACUUACGAAACCAGAUAUAAGGUUCUGGAUAUGAACGUCCUUGAAAAGGAAAACCUGACCAAGUACGAGGUCCAUUUAAAGAUCGAUAAUUUAAACGUGGAGGACAUGUUCGACCGCAAUAGAACCGAAGAGCUCCUCGAUAUAUUUAGAAAGAGAUUGUGGAAAAACGCGAUGGACUUGUACGUGACUUUUCUAGCGUCCGCCGUCGAACUCGGCGCUCGUUUGCCUCUGAAACCGAGCGAAGGUGAAGGAGUCGUCAUAAGACUAGGAAGUUCAAUGCCAUUCUCGCAAGAGCUGAACGAACUCCAGGAAGAAGUGAAACCUCUAUGGAAAUUACCGUUUUGUCCUCGAGAUUUUAAGAGGACCAGCGUCGAGCGGCUUUUCAGAGAGGCGGAAUUUGCGCUGGAUUGGUGCUCGUUCAGACUGGUCGAGCAGGAACAACAGAGUUUGCAGCACGAAAGCGCGAGACGAGGACCGAGCAUGAACGUAUUGGAUUUACCAGCGUCUGGUAUUUCCGAGCACACGGAGUGGCGUUGGGCCAGGUCGACCAAAGCUAAUAUUCCCACGAGAAGUUACUUCGAAGAAAUUGCAACCACGAUCUUCGUCCCGGCGAUCCUGCUCCUUGUAUUGGCCGCUUUAUUGAGCACGGUGCUGUGCCUCGACAGAGAAAAAAUGCACGAUCCUGAGUCAGAACAAUAUUUUUACGAAUUGUUUAACAUCUUUCUUGGCAAAAGACAAAGAACCAGCGAAAAAAGGGAAACUUCGACGGGGGAAGGAGUUAGCAACAACAACAUACAAAUGGUGCAGUACGCUGCCAUCGAAAGGGGUACCUUAAAAUCGCUCUCUGCUCAACCAUCCAGCCCUAAUGAUUCCUUGAUACCAAGCCCUAGGAUUUCCAACGAACGUUGCAAUCCAUACAUUCGACCAAAUCCACCACCUUAUACUGGACCAAGUAAUUUAGCGGGAAUUCGGGCAGAUUUCUGACUACACGAGGAGCCAGCAAAAACGUGGUUUUGCUGAAUUAAUAACGAUUUACAAUCGUAACUACGAGGAGAAUCGCAAAAUCAUUGAAACUGGCUCCGUAUUAUCUGUUGCUUCGUAAUUUGAUAUGGGUAACAUGUAUUACAUAUAUUGGUUUAAAAUUGCGUAGAUUCGAUAAAUUGCACAAAAUUACGAUAGUAACAACAUAUCUUCUAUUAUACAAAGAAAUCUCACUAUUAGUAUGGCACUAAUUAGUACAUAUGUAAACUUAAUAUUUAUUUAUGAGUAAUGUAUAUAUAUAUUUAAUAUUUAUAUUCAUAGUUUUAGCUAGUUUUUAUGCUAGUCAUCUUAAGUACAACGGUACUACAAGCAAUGUUAAUUGAUGAAACAUUUUAUUUAAUAACUCAGUCACAAAACUACAAUAUGUACUUUUAUUCAAAAUUUUCCAUAAAAUAAAAAGAACUUGCGAAAA